AUGGAUCAUGGAGCGUGCAGCGUCAUCUACCUGGACCGGCGGGCGCACCCCGAGCGUCUGCGGAGAGACAAUGUGCUGGCAAGCCUGAACCUCCGGGAUGCCCGCGGCCAGGUCUCGUCGCCCGGCUACUUCAACUUCGCCCGCUCCGCCAGCACCCACGAGGUCCUGGCCAACGUCGAGACGUUGCUGUCCAUCUUCCACGAGAUCGACAUCCAACGCUCCGGUUCCGCCGCCCUCGACCGCAUCUGGCACCUCUACAACGCCUCGAGCCUCGAUAACGCGCCCAUCAUAGUGCUGAUCGACCUGCCUUAUGACGAGGAACGUCGCAUGAAGCGCCUGUCGCGCGAGCCGCGGACCCCUUCGCCCACAGCCUCGCGCACUCCUGGCCAGGACCUGCCCGAGCCCGAAGACCUGUAUGGCAUGCACCUCCUCAGACACAUCUCCGCCGAGAUACAAGAUCGGAGAUUACCCAAGCUCGUCAUCCCCGUCGUCCUGUUGAGCGGCCUGGACCGUGAAAUGGCAUCCGAUACCACCUCGCCUGGCGCCAGCGGGUCACGGGUUUUGACUGACACCGUGCGCCUGACCCGCUAUCUGGAUGCUGGUGCCGUCGACGUGCUGGCCAGCCCGCUAUCAAAGGACCACAUCCACGGCCUGGCCGUACACGCUUACCGGAUAAACAAGGAAGUCAUGCGGGAGAAGUCGAGUUUUCUUGCCCAGUCCAAGGGCCGCAAGGUCUCCUGGGUCGGCGUGAACGAAGCGAAGCCCUUCUCGUAUCUGCGAGAGGCCAUGGUCUCUAAUUUAAUGGGCAACAUCUGCUGUCCCGAUACGGCACGAGACACCAUAGAUCCUAACGACAUCGAGGUCAGUCCCGAACGCCGGGAGAAGAUUGCCCGCGCCGUGGGCACCUGGGGUUUCUCUGCGCACGACUGGAAUGAUGACGAAUUAUUAUUUGGAUCGCUGGUAAUGAUUAAGCACGCAUUAAGCAUGCCCGAAGUGGAGCGCUGGCGCAUGCGCGAAGAUGAACUGUUGAUCUUCCUGCAAGCGAGCCGAAGCGCUUACAACGAGUUCGUCCUCUACCACAAUUUCCGUCACGUCGUGGACGUGCUCCAAGCUCUGUUCUAUUUUCUCCUGCGGAUCGGCGCACUGCCCGCGUACUCCUCGGACCCCUCACAUGCUCCUGUCGAGCAGCCUCCGAUCGCCUCCCUGCUCAAGCCCUUUGACGCUCUGACCUUACUCAUCUCCGCAAUAGGACAUGAUGUUGGUCACCCGGGUGUCAAUAACGCCUUCCUGGUGGCGCUUAACGCACCGCUGGCUCAGCUGUACAAUGACCGCUCCGUGCUGGAGUCGUUCCACUGCGCUGCGUACUCGCAGAUUCUCCGCAGAUACUGGCCCGCGGCCUUUGAAGAUGUUGCUAUGCGCAAGCUGAUGAUCAACUCGAUCCUUGCAACUGACAUGGGUCUCCACUUCAAGUAUAUGGCUGAUUUGGGGAACUUGCAGGAGAAGCUGGCUCACAAUAAUGGUGGCAUUGACGGGUGGAGCCCGAAAGUCCUGGAAGAGUAUAGGGAUUUGAUAUGUGGCCUGCUUAUCAAGUGUGCAGACAUUAGCAAUGUGGCACGGAAUUUCAACACCGCAGUCCAGUGGGCGGCCAUUCUCACGGACGAGUUCAGCAAUCAAGGGCAAAUGGAGCAGGAGCUGUCACUGCCGACAUGUCUCUUCGGCGGGCCGCCCGUUCGUGAUGACAUCAUCAAAUUGGGCGAAUCCCAGAUUGGCUUCAUGAACAUCUUUGCCCGACCGCUCUUUGAGUCUGUCGCCGACAUUCUACCCAACAUGCGCUUCAGCGUAAUUGAAAUUAUCGAAAAUAAGGUUAUAUGGCAGAAAAAGAUUGAGGAAGCUAAAGAACGGCUCCUCCCGCAAAUAGACGGCGGGGUGGAAGGGGCCGGCACAUCGAUUCUUGAUCAAGCUCGGAGUCCCUUGUCGACCAGUCGCGUGGACGUGUCAGAUCCCAGGCCAACAGUGCCCGAACGCACCGAGUCAACCUCGAGUUCGCUGAGAGCUCCGAAGCAGAAGCCGACCUUCCCGCCUCCGCUUAACCUGUCCGACGCGCCAAGGCGUGCGUCUCCGGCUUUCAAAGCAGCGACCGAGCCUCGUCGCUCAUCGGUCGCAGCACUGCCAAUUCCUCGCCAUUUGAUCGAAGGUCAAGGGAACAGGAAUCCAAACUCGCGUCGCGGCAGCGCCGAUGCAAGCCUGACAACCAUCCUGGUAACACAGAACCCGACCAAACCCUCCGAAAAAAUGAAAAAGAAGGGCCUGCGCUUACGCUCGCAGUCGCCUGGCAAACGCCGCAACAGCCGUCAAGGACUCGGAUUCUUCCGCCACAAAGCCCAACCUUCAACGAGAUCAGACUCUCCUCCCCGUGUCCCUGGAAGCCCUUGUUUCCCACCGGCAAAUGGCGCAAUUCACUCCAACAAGAACCUGCAACCACCCCAGUCCGGGGCUCACAGCCCUGUCAGUCCCAUCUCGGUGGACUCGGACUAUGAGAUUCCGCCUCACAUGACCGCCCCUCCACCGGUGUCACCGAAACCCAACUCGGCCGACGGCCAGCAAGGUGGGGACGAAGCGCCUCCCUUGCCACGCUGGAAGGCAGCAGGGUCGGCUUUCAAGGCCCGGCACUCCCGAAAAGGUUCACUCACUCCGUCCCUGACUGGUUUCGAGGUCCAGCCCCCGGAAACCAGCAGCAGUGCGGACAAGAGCGCACACACGAUGAGCGAGUCGCCAACGCUCCAUACGCUGGAAGGUGUUGGAGAGGGCACAAGUGGUAGACCUAAGAGCAGAGGUGGCGUCUUUGGCAGGUUUUGGCGGAGGAAGAUCAGAGGCGACAAGUCAUCUUCUGGAGAUCUUCAGCAGGACAAGGACUUGGCCGUGCAAACGCAGGGUUUCCAGUACCCUCCGCCCCCGAAAACACCUGUCAGCUCAGGAGCCGCUGGUCCUCGCCGUGGAAGCAUGCCCCUUCUACCCGGCUCGUACCCAAAUACACCUCCACACCACCAUCAGUCACGGGACAGGUAG